AUGACACAGUGUGUCAAAUGGCUGAUGUCCCUAAUCGUCACAAGCCGCGACACUGCAGGCUGCGGCACACCUCGUUCCACUCCGUGUGGGGCAGAGGGUUGGAGCCCGCGGGGCAGGAUGAGACACCUGCUUUGGGCUGCCUGCAGCCAGCCCCUGCCCUGGGAAACCAGGCUCGGUGCUCGCAAGCUGGUUGCGUUUGCUGCAGCGGCCACCCCACGCCAUGGCUGGUGGCCCCCGGCUCUCCCAGCUGCCUCCAGCUCCUCACCCGGCGCAUCCACAGGGCACCUCCAGCACCCGGGGCACGGGGCCCCUUGCCGCUGGGGCUCGCAGUUCAACGUGCCCCCCAGCGCCCAGUUGGUGGCCCGUCCUGUGGGGGUCUGCUCCAUGAUGAAACUGCCCGUUCAGGCAUCGUCGGAGGGACUGGACGCAGCUUUUGUCGGCGUCCCUCUAGACACGGGCACGUCCAACCGGCCAGGAGCCAGGUUUGGCCCACGCCAGAUCCGGGCCGAGUCGGCAAUGGUGAGGAGGUACAACGCCAGCACCGGGGCAGCGCCCUUCGACUCCCUGCGGGUGGCUGACAUCGGGGACGUGAACGUGAACCUCUACAACCUGCCCGACAGCUGCCGCCUCAUCCGAGAGUCCUACCAGAGGAUCGUGGCCUCGGGCUGUGUGCCCCUCACCUUGGGUGGAGAUCACACAAUAACGUACCCCAUCCUGCAGGCUAUGGCAGAAAAGCACGGUCCUGUGGGGCUGGUGCAUGUGGAUGCCCACACUGACACUGGAGACAGAGCCCUGGGGGAGAAGAUCUACCACGGGACCCCGUUCCGGCGCUGUGUGGAGGAAGGGCUGCUGGACUGCAGCCGCGUGGUCCAGAUCGGCAUCCGCGGCUCCUCCUAUGACCCCGAUCCUUACAAGUACUGCCGGGACCAGGGCUUCCGGGUGGUCCCAGCUGAAGAGUGCUGGAGGAAUUCUCUGGUGCCGCUGAUGAGGGAGGUGAGGAAGCAGAUGGGGAACAAGCCUGUGUACCUCAGUUUCGAUAUCGAUGGAGUAGACCCCGCGUACGCCCCGGGUACUGGGACGCCAGAGAUAGCUGGGCUCACGCCUGCGCAGGCUUUGGAGAUUAUUCGUGGCUGCAAAGGCCUGAACAUAGUAGGAUGUGACCUUGUAGAAGUUGCACCUAUGUACGAUGUCUCUGGUAACACAGCCCUCCUGGGGGCAAACCUGCUCUUCGAGAUGCUGUGCGUUCUCCCCAGCGUGAAGACAAUGUGAGGGCAGCUCCUGGGGACAGGACAGCUCUGACCCCCACCUGGCCUGUUCCCCUCGACCAGUUGCAGUGAACGUGGGCUUUGCAGUAAGAAAUAAAUGCCAUUUACCGCUAGAAAAAGUAAUUUUAAGCUGACAAACCAUAGGUAGCAGGUUGAGUUUGAACAGCCCAUUUAACUGGUGGCUGUUGCUUUUGAGUUUGCCUGGGAAAGGAAAAGAUGAGGGUAAUGGUGUUUUGCCUCUGCUUUCACAGCUGGAAUUACUCACCCAGCUCGUGGGGGUCAUGGCAAAGCUGUUGCUGGUACAAGUUUCCUCCCAUUAAGCUGCAGCAGCAGGAGGAUGAAGGCAGAGGGAGGGAGGGCACCUGAAGGUGGAGAGUAGGGGGAUAUGGGGAUGAAUUUCUGCUGGGCCUGACCAGGUGUAUCCUAUGGCAGGAGCAAUUUAAUUGCUCCUGGAAUGUCCAAGCUGACAUGGAGGUAAGGUUAGUUUAUACACGGAAACACGGAGCCACCUCAUCACACAUUAAAAUAGUUUAUUUUGGUUGUGAAUCUGUAAUUGUCUUAAAACAAAAUGACAUCAGUGCCUGUUCACAAAUACAAAACAAAACAAAAAUAAAAAAGACAAAUCUGCCAAAUAAGUUAAUUCCCUCCCCCCCCCUCUCCCAGUAUCAAAAGUGCAAAAUAUGUACCUAGUUUUCAGUCCUACUUCUCAGGCUGCGUUAGUGCACUAGUUCCCAGAAGGAUUUUGGCGAACGGCAGAGGGGAGGCUGCUGCCCCCCACGCUCGCUCCAGGGAGGAGUUUUGGUACAACUUUCAGACUGGGGGCCUGCAUCCCUUUGCUUCAGCUUCUGAGCGGUGUGCGCUCACUCAAACCUGACUAGAGCAGUGCACUAGGGCUGAAUUUCCUCCAUCUUUGGAUUACGAACCACCAUGUGCAUAACAGGAUCGUGGGUGCGUUUCGCUGACGAUACGUUACGAUACGGGUCGAGUGGUGCCAGAGGCAGCAGGUUAGAAAAUGAUUGGGGUGGGGGUGAGGGGAAAACAGCUCGCAACUGCUGGGAGAGGGCAGGCAGACCUCAGGCCUAAAGCAGCCUCUGACCACACUCUUCUACAAGAAAGCAAAACUCCCAGUGUUCCACGCUGGACGCUAAAGAGAACUAAACGAGGGGUUUAGAACAGUUUGGUGUUGGCAUCAGCCCAUGAAAGAAGUUUUUUCCAGAAAACAGUGACACAGGCAGAGUUAGUCAGACCUGGUUAAAAGCAGUGAAGGGCAGUUACAGCUAAAAGGGAGCUGUGCGCCCAUCCGGCCACAGCCAGCAAGGGUGACUGUUGCAAGCACUCCUGAAACAAAACGCAGUCUAAAAGGGGAGGUUACCUGUGCU